AUUAAUGAAGAAGAAGAUUACAUAGAAAGGGGAUCAACAACAAACCAACGCACAAGGAGUCGGGGGGUGGGGCCCUUCGGCCCGGUAGGUCCCGGAGAGAACUCUGCACCUCCGAAAGACAGACUGAGGAGGUCAGUUUCAGAGAACACAAGAAGGACCCCUACAAUGCCAACAUUCACAAAACAGCAUAAAAUGAUGACAUGCAUGUGAGUAUUGAUGGUGCCACGUAUUUGCCGACAUGGAUUCAGCGGUUACAGUUAGAAGGUUUGGUCCAAAUACCAAUCAUGUGCCUUGUUUGCUCUGCAGAAUUUGUCUACAAAACCUUCAAAUGAUCCAUAUUGGAACAAGUCUUUCCUUUAAUUUUGCAGCAAACUUCAUUUGGUUCUCAUUCUUCCAAGUCUCACUCUCCCUUCCUUAUCUCUUAAUAUCUCUCACUAACCAAUUAGGAAAACCACACAUCUAUAAGAGACGCGUGGUCUUUUAUUAAACACAGGUUCUCAAUCCUAACCAUAUCUUAUCAUUAAGCUAAUGAUUAUUUGCCUACUUCGGUAAACGCAUCAUCCAUCUCCUCUAUAAAAUAUCUCCAAUCUUAGUGGCCUACCCAAUACACAAACUCUCUCUCUAUCUCUCACUUUCUCUAUAUAUAUUAUAUUCAUCCUCCAUGUAAGUAACACGCUAUUUCUUCUUCACAUGCAAGCUUUGAAAGUGUGUAUUCUUCUUUUUCUUCACUUACUUUACGUUUGCUUAGAUAUUUUCCAGUCCUAGUCUUUAGUUGUUAUCAAGAUUUUGUUCUCUUCAGCCACCGUUUUCAAUAACCAAUAUCAUAUUUAGUUUAUAGUUAACAAGUUAUAUAUAUGUAUAGAUGAAGCAGUGUAAUAAUACCUUAUACAUUAUAUCCAUGGUCGGAAAGUGAAAACAACUCGUUGAGGUUGACAUAUCCGUGCCAUGCAAGUAAUUAUGUCGUCUGUCUUUUAACUAAUCUUUCUCUAUCAUUAUUUUGAUUAUUUAUCUGUACUUGUUUAUUAAUCAGGGACAAACAAGGAUCAAUAGGGAAAUGGUGUCUUCCAUGUUGAAGGCAGCAUUCUUGGUGAAGUCCAACAAUUUCAUGGAGAGCCUGAACCAGCAUGGACCCACCAUUACAAGAGAGGUACAAGACUCUCUUCGCUAACUCCACCAAAGAAUUGAAAUCCAAGACAGCUGAUAAUAACAACAACAACAAAGACAUCAUCGAGGAAUGCGAGCUUCCAUUGAUUGAUCUUGGCCGUCUAAUUAGCCUUGAUGAGAAGGAGAAAGAUGGUUGCAAGGAAGAGAUAGCUAGGGCUUCAAAGGACUGGGGAUUCUUUCAAGUCAUAAAUCAUGCGAUUUCAAGAGAGAUUUUGGAGAAAUUGAGAUGUGAACAAGUGAAAGUCUUUAAGCAACCGUUCAAUAAGAAGCACCAGAGUUUCUCCGCUGGGAGCUACCGUUGGGGGACACCUACAGCCACUUGUCUCAGGCAGCUGUCUUGGUCUGAAGCUUUUCACAUUCCUUUGACUGAUAUUUCUAACCCAGCUGGACUCACUAAUCUCAGUUCAACAAUGGUGCAAUUUGCCACAACAAUUGCUGCUCUAGCUCAAAACCUAGCAGAAAUUUUGGCAGAGAAAUUGGGUUGCAAGUCGAGUUUUUUCGAGGAAAAUUGUUUGCCUAGCAGUUGCUAUCUGCGAAUGAACCGAUACCCACCAUGCCCAAUUUCAUCAGAUGCAUUUGGGCUGACACCACAUACUGAUAGUGAUUUUCUCACAAUUUUGCACCAAGACCAAGUCGGUGGAUUGCAACUAGUUAAAGAUGGUAAAUGGUUCGCAGUAAAACCUAAUCCCGAUGCUCUCAUAGUCAACAUUGGUGACUUAUUCCAGGCUUGGAGCAAUGAUGUUUAUAAGAGUGUUGAACACCGUGUUGUCACCAAUCCAAAAGUGGAGAGAUUUUCUACCGCAUAUUUCCUCUGUCCUUCAUACGACACCGUUGUAGAGAGUUUUUGUGAGCCUUCCGUUUAUAAGAAAUUUAGCUUUAGAGAAUAUAGACGGCAGGUCCAAGAAGAUGUUCAAACUAUGGGUUAUAAAGUAGGUCUCAAAAGGUUUGUUGUGUAAAGUGCGCUGCUAUGUGGAUUUUUCGCUACAAAGUCAUUUUGGAAAUUAUAAGAGUAGUCAAAUUAAUUAUUUUA